AUGCCAAAAAAGUCAUGGAUUAACAAAAAGACGGCCCAGCACUUUACGCUGGUCCACCGUCCGCAAAAUGAUCCCCUCAUUCACGAUGAAUCGGCACCGUCCAUGGUCCUGAACCCGACUAACACCCCCAGCUCGUCCAAGCAACCCAAGAGCAAACACCUCGAUGACCUGGCCUCGGAGCUGGGCGUCGACGCCGAACAGAUCCGCGCCAACGAAGGAGAGGCCGCCAACUAUGGCAUCUACUACGAUGACACCGAGUACGACUACAUGCAACACAUGCGCGACCUUGGCGAUGGCGCUCAGGGUGGCACCGUCACCUUUAUCGAGGCCGACAGCACGGGAAGCAACCGCAACAAGGGCAAGGCAAAGCAGCAGAGUCUUGAGGCCGCCCUGAGGCAGCUGGACAUUCAGGCCGAGGAGGACAAGAAGCGCGAGCUUUUCAGCGACGAUUUCCUGCCCAGCAAGAACCUGACCAGACAGACGUACCAGGACAUGCAAGAUGUCCCGGAUGCGAUUGGCGGUUUCCAGCCAGAUAUGGACCCCAGGAUCAGAGAGGCGCUGGAGGCGCUGGAAGACGAGGCCUACGUGGACAAUGCCGAAGAGGACGACUUUUUCCAGGAGCUCACGCAAGACGGAACCCAGGUGGACGAGUACGAUUUCGAGGACAUUGGCGACGAGGGCUGGGAGACGGACGACACGGCAAAGCCCGGCAGUGAGUACAGAGUCGCAACAGAAGAGGCCGAUCAGGUACCCGAGCUCGUUCCCGCCAUGAGCGCCGAGGAAGCAGCAGAGGCAGCCGACAAGGUGGACUGGAUGGAAGAUUUCAAGGCCUUCAAGAAGGACCAAAAGGCAACCACCUCUCGCAAGCUAGGCGCACCGCCAUCACAAUCGGACCUGCAAUCCUCAAUAAUGACCACGACAACAAACGGUGGCCGAAGAAAGAAGCGCAAGGGUGCCCUCACUGAAGCCUCAUCCUACUCCAUGACCUCGUCGUCCCUCGUGCGGACAGAACAACUUGGCAUACUGGAUGCGCGCUUCGACAAACUAGAGCAGGAAUACCAGGCCGACUUUGACGACAUGGGUUCCGUUUCCGCGGUAUCAACCACUUCUACGGUGGACGGUCCGGUUAGGGGCGACUUUGACAGUAUGCUUGAUGACUUUUUGGAGGGGCACUCGACGUUUAACAAAAAGUACAUCCGUAAGGGAUGGACGAGUGGUACGCAACAGUUGGAUGACAUCCGUCGCGAACUAGGACCUGCACGGAUAAAAGGCAAGCCAAGGACAGGCAAGGCUGGGGGAGCUAGAUAA